UGCUGCUUCCUUUAAACACUGUAGAUCUUCAUUAGUCCUGACAGGAGAAGGAGGGAUUAUUCUUUUUACUUAUAAAGAACAACAGAAUGGUAACCUCUUUUGGAUCUGCUGCUGUGAUCUGUCUUAUAUUUUUAUACCCUAUAUUUUAUGCCACCUUACUAAAUGUAAAAGGAGCAGAACAAGGGUAUACGGAGGAGAACAAGCAGAAACUCUACCGUUGCACUUUGGAUACGCCGGUGAAGAAGCCAUCUUUAAACUUGAAGGUAGAUCUGGAAAAUAUGGAGAUGACUUGGGACUCUAAUAUCACAGUGACUUUGUGUUCUGUUGACACUUUUCCCAACAACUGUAAAUAUGCCACACCAAGUAAAAACAAGUGCCAUUUUGAAAGUGUGCGGCUUCAUAAAGGGGCAACAUUCAUAGCUAAAAUGAAAUAUAUGAAUCAAUCUCUUCAAGAAAGCAUCUACUUUCCCCCUGAAGAAAUGGAUGGAACAGCAGCUGAAAAUUUCUCUUGUGUACUUUCCAAUGUUUCUUUUCUAAGCUGCACUUGGAAUGCUGGCAGAAAUGCUCCAGAAGAUGUACAGUAUUUUCUUUACCAGAAAUACAGUAAGAACCAUGGGGAACAAAAGACAGAGUGUCCACAUUACAUAAAGAAUGCCUUUGGAAGACAUAUUGCAUGCCACAUUCCAAAAAUAUCUAUAGAUCAAGUUAACAACAUUUACUACUUCAAAGUGAAUGGCUCAAGCAACAAAUCACAGAUUCGGUAUUAUGAUGAACGUCUCACACUAUGCAGCCAUGAAAAGCUUGGCGCUCCACAAAAUAUCAUUACAAAUUGCUCUGAGCCACUAUUGAAGUGCAGAAUACAGUGGACACCUCCUCAGAACAAUUAUAAUUGUGGCAUCCCUAGCUAUGAAAUAAAGGAUGAAACUGAAAAUACCACUUACUAUGAAUCUAGCAAUUAUAAAGACAUCACUGUGAAAGAAAAGCAUAUCUUGCAGAUCCGUAUGCGUAAAACAGUGAAUGUUCCACGGACACAUUUGUAUGGUGACUGGAGUGAACAAAUUAUAUUAGAUCUCCCACCCAAACCAAUUCCACCAUCAAUAAUUACUUUGAUAUGUGUGGCACUUGGAACCAUCCUACUGAUCUUGAGCCUGGUUUUUGUCUGUAAAAGAUACCAUAUAUGGCAUAAACUAACAAAUCCAGUUCCACAACCAAAAAACCUUUUUCAGCAAUAUAGCAAGAAUACAGAGAAAGAAUGGGUAGAUUCGCUACCAGCAGCACAUGAGCCUGAUGAAAAAAUAACUUUCAUUGAAGAAGUUACUGACAGCUUUAAAAAAUAAAGACAGUUCUUCAGACAACACCUUAUGGACCUGAGUAAUUUGAAGAAAUGCUUUUUCCAUCUCUACUCCAGCUUCUUGAAGGCUCAGGAAGAGGCCUCUGUCA